UCUCUCUCUCUCUCUCUCUCCCUCUCACAGGAUCUCUAGCGGGGACACAAACAGCACGCGGAAUUGCAUAAGAUACUAAAGGAAAAGAAGCGGAGUAAUGGAGAGGAUCACCAUGUAGACAGGAGCCGAGUGGAGACGGGCUGAAAUGGGAAACGCUGUGUGGAGCGACGCCGCUCUGCAGCCGCGCUGAACCUCAGGAAGUCAGCCCGCUUUUCCUCUCCUCUGUCACGCACACUGGACUGGAUUUUUUUUUCUCACCUUUCUACCUUAUUUUCUCCAUCUUUCUCACAUACUCGUAAUUUUUUUGGUUGCAUUAUUUUUUUUUGUCCGACUGUGUUCAGAUAAUCUUCAUCCCCAAGAGGCUCGCUCGUGCUCCACGCUGCCUGUCUCUCGGUUUUUGCAAACCGAUUCAACUCCACUUCAGAUCAGUCUUAGGAGCAAUACUCCACCAAUAUGGGGGACAUGAGAAACAGCGAUUUUUACUCCAAGAACCAAAGAAAUGAUGCAGGUGGAUUCGGCUGCUCGCUUAUGGAGCUGCGCUCGCUCAUGGAGCUCCGAGGCACCGAAGCAAUCGUCAGAAUUCAGGAGGAUUAUGGAGACAUCACGGGACUGUGUCAGAGGCUGAAAACCUCACAGACAGAGGGUUUGACAGGAGAUCCAACUGACCUAGAAAAGAGAAGAGAAGUCUUCGGUCCAAACCUUAUACCUCCAAAGAAGCCAAAAACUUUCUUACAGUUAGUGUGGGAAGCGCUACAAGAUGUGACACUCAUCAUCCUUGAAAUCGCAGCCUUGAUCAGCUUGGGGCUUUCAUUUUAUCAGCCCCCCGGGCAGAGCAGCGAAUCAUGUGGUGCUGCAAACGCUGGAGCAGAAGACGAAGGAGAGUCAGAGGCCGGCUGGAUUGAAGGAGCCGCCAUUUUGCUUUCGGUGGUGUGUGUGGUGCUUGUCACCGCCUUCAAUGACUGGAGUAAAGAGAAGCAGUUCCGUGGCUUGCAGAGCCGCAUCGAGCAAGAGCAGAAGUUCCAGGUGGUUCGGGGAGGUCAAGUCAUCCAACUUCCUGUGGCAGACCUGGUGGUGGGAGACAUUGCACAAGUCAAAUAUGGUGACCUACUUCCCACGGAUGGAGUCUUGAUACAAGGCAACGAUCUAAAAAUCGACGAGAGCUCUCUUACGGGAGAAUCGGACCAUGUGCGGAAGUCUGCUGAAAAAGAUCCCAUGCUCCUCUCUGGUACUCAUGUGAUGGAGGGUUCGGGUCGGAUGGUGGUCUCGGCUGUUGGAGUGAACUCUCAGAGCGGAAUCAUCUUUACCCUGCUUGGAGCUGGUGGAGAAGAGGAAGAGAAGAAAGAGAAAAAAGGUCAGGCAAUGGAAGAUGGCCGACAGCUAGCAGACCACACCCAUCCCUCCUCCCACCCCAUCGCAACAAUAGCCACCGAUGGUGCUGCAGGUGCAAAUGCCCCUGGUAAUACCACCCUAGUCAAUGGUAAAAUGCAGGAUGGAAAUAUGGAGAACAACCAGACCAAAGUGAAGAAGCAGGACGGAGCAGCGGCGAUGGAGAUGCAGCCGCUGAAAAGUGCCGAGGGCGGAGAAGCUGAUGACAAGGAGAAAAAAAAAUCCAACGUGUCAAAAAAAGAGAAGUCUGUUCUACAGGGCAAGCUGACAAAGCUGGCUGUGCAGAUUGGCAAAGCAGGUUUGGUGAUGUCUGCCAUCACGGUCAUCAUCCUGGUGCUCUACUUUGCCAUUGACAACUUUGUGCUCCAGAAGAGGCCUUGGCUUCCCGAGUGCACUCCUAUUUACAUUCAGUAUUUUGUGAAAUUCUUCAUCAUUGGUGUCACAGUGCUUGUGGUUGCUGUUCCUGAAGGCCUUCCCCUGGCUGUUACGAUCUCUUUGGCCUACUCUGUCAAGAAAAUGAUGAAGGAUAAUAACUUGGUACGCCAUCUGGAUGCCUGCGAGACCAUGGGCAAUGCCACUGCAAUCUGUUCGGAUAAAACAGGCACAUUGACCACUAACAGGAUGACAGCGGUGCAGCUGUACGUCGCCGACGUUCAUUAUAAAACCAUCCCAGACCCGAGUUUAAUCCCAGCAAAAACUCUUGACUAUCUGGUCAACGCAAUAGCCAUCAACAGUGCUUAUACUAGCAAAAUUCUGCCCCCAGAUAAGGAGGGAGGUCUGCCCAAACAGGUCGGGAACAAAACCGAGUGUGGCCUUUUAGGACUUGUGCAGCAACUAAAGCGGGAUUACCAGGCCGUUCGGAACCAGAUCCCCGAAGAGAAGCUGUAUAAAGUCUACACCUUCAACUCGGUCAGGAAGUCCAUGAGUACUGUGGUCAAACUUCCUGAUGGAAGCUUCAGGAUGUACAGCAAAGGAGCAUCUGAGAUUAUCCUGAAAAAGUGUAGUCGUAUUCUAAAUGAAGCAGGCGAGCCCCGGGUUUUUCGACCUCGAGACCGAGACGACAUGGUGAAGAAGGUGAUUGAACCCAUGGCUUGUGAUGGUCUCAGGACCAUCUGUGUGGGUUACCGAGACUUUCCUGCUAAUCCUGAGCCAAGUUGGGAUGAAGAAAACAUCAUCCUGACUGACCUGACUGGAAUCUGUGUGGUUGGAAUUGAGGAUCCUGUGCGACCAGAGGUGCCAGAAGCUAUUCGUAAGUGUCAGCGUGCUGGCAUCACUGUGCGAAUGGUUACUGGUGACAAUAUCAACACUGCCAGAGCCAUCGCCAUCAAGUGUGGCAUCAUCCACCCUGGAGAGGACUUUCUGUGCAUUGAUGGCAAAGAAUUCAACAGAAGGAUUCGUAAUGAAAAAGGAGAGGUUGAACAAGAGCGCAUUGAUAAAGUUUGGCCUAAGCUGCGAGUGUUAGCCCGGUCUUCUCCAACGGAUAAACACACACUUGUUAAAGGUAUAAUCGACAGCACGCUAUUGGAGCAGAGGCAGGUCGUGGCUGUAACAGGAGAUGGUACCAAUGAUGGACCUGCUCUGAAAAAAGCAGAUGUCGGCUUUGCCAUGGGAAUUGCAGGUACAGACGUGGCCAAGGAAGCCUCUGACAUUAUCCUGACGGACGACAACUUCUCAAGUAUUGUGAAAGCAGUGAUGUGGGGACGCAAUGUCUACGACAGCAUCUCCAAGUUCCUACAGUUCCAGCUUACUGUUAAUGUGGUGGCCGUGAUCGUGGCAUUUACUGGAGCUUGUAUUACACAGGAUUCUCCAUUGAAAGCUGUUCAGAUGUUGUGGGUGAACCUCAUCAUGGACACUUUCGCAUCCCUGGCUCUGGCCACGGAACCCCCGACUGAAUCUCUGCUCAUGAGAAAACCGUAUGGCCGCAACAAGCCGCUCAUCUCUAGUACCAUGACCAAGAACAUUCUGGGCCAUGGCAUCUACCAGCUUAUCAUCAUAUUCAGUCUACUGUUUGUGGGCGAGCAGCUCUUUGACAUCGACAGUGGCAGGAACGCACCUCUGCACUCGCCUCCAUCUGAACAUUACACCAUCAUCUUCAACACCUUUGUCAUGAUGCAGCUCUUCAACGAGAUCAACGCCCGCAAGAUUCACGGCGAGAGGAACGUGUUUGAUGGCAUUUUCCGAAACCCUAUCUUCUGCUCUAUUGUUCUGGGCACUUUUGCAAUUCAGGUUGUUAUUGUGCAGUUUGGAGGGAAACCCUUCAGCUGCUCUCCUCUCGAUGUUGAAAAGUGGAUGUGGUGUGUGUUCUUCGGGCUUGGAGAGCUGGUCUGGGGACAGGUGAUAUCAUCCGUCCCGAACAGUAAGUUGAGGUUCCUGAAAGCAGCUGGUCAGCUUACACAGAAGGAUGAUGCACCAGAAGAGGAAAUGAAUGAGGAUCAGGAGGAAAUUGAUCAUGCUGAGAGGGAGUUACGACGAGGACAGAUCCUCUGGUUCCGUGGUCUCAGCAGAAUCCAGACUCAGAUCGAGGUUGUGAACACGUUCAAGAGCGGGACUUCCUUUCAGGGAGCACUAAGGCGCCAGUCCUCCACCACCAGCCAGAAUCAGGAUAUCCGCGUGGUAAACGCGUUCCGUAGCUCUCUCUACGAAGGCCUGGAAAAACCCGAAUCCCGAACCUCCAUCCACAACUUCAUGACCCAUCCUGAGUUUAGAAUAGAGGAUUCGACACCCCACAUCCCUCUCAUAGACGACACUGACAUAGAUGACGAGGCGGCCAGGAAGAAUUCAAGCCAGCCUUCAUCUCCCAACAAGAACAACAAUGCCAUUGACAGCGGCAUAAACCUCACCACCGACACAAGUAAAUCUGCUGCCUCGUCCAGUCCCGGGAGCCCACUUCAUAGUCUGGAGACUUCGCUCUAGCCCUGAUCACCUGGGAAAAUCAAAUAAAAUCCUCAAACAGGACGACACACGUUACACGCACAAAUGUGCGGCUGACUGAACGUGUGGUCUGAAGCGUGUCAUUUUUUCCCCUUCUUCUUCUCCGCUUAUGCUUUUAGGAGAUCGAGAUUUUAAUUGGAACGUUUUCUGGAUCGACUUGAAAAACAGAAACGGACCAACUCCCUUUUCCUGAGAACGCAACGGACCACAGUGAGAAUUAUUUAAAUCGAAUUCAGCUACUCUAACUGCUUAUCCUGCAUGAAUGUACAUUACCCGGGUUUUUAUUUUGAAAACGAUUUGAUUUCAUUUCUUGGAUUUGAUUUGGUGGGGAGUGCCGUGGGCUGCAACUUUUAAGACUCUGAUUCACUGAUCUCUGAGUAUCGUGUGUGGCAUGUACCUAACUGUAUAGAUUUAUUUGGUUAAUGAAUAAAUUGUGUAUCGAGGUUGCAGGGCUCGACUUGCACAAGUAGAUUUUGCACCUGUUGGAAAAAGAAGAACCUAUGGAAAAUAGCAUUUCGUAAAAAUACUAUAUAUAAUAUACAUAAAUAUAUAAAUAUAUACAGAGUUUAUCUUUGUUGGCAUGUUGCCUUGUUUCUGCUUCAAUGACUCUAACUACUUUAACUUAUUUAUGUCCUAAAGAGAAUGUAAUUUGUUUACAAAAAAAAAAAAAACUAGAUGCGUCCUUUUUUUUUUUUUUUUUUUUUUU